AUGGAGUUUCCGUACUUCGCAGGAGCGCAGCCAAGAUUUGGCCGUCGUAUCCUCAGUGCUGGUCGGCAGCGGUCAUGAUAACUACUCCACUGUUUGGCGUCUGUUGGCUGCCUAAUAAUUUCAGUGUGCUUAGUGUUCAUAAUAAGUUAUUGGGACAAUUAGUGUGGAACAAUCAGUGUUUCUUAACUUUUGGACACGUGCAAUCGGCUCCGUAUGUCGGAUUUUGGAAUAGUAUCGCUAUUUUCCAGCCCUCUCAUUCAUUUACAAUGGAAACUAGGUAUAGGAGUGGUUUUCGCAGUAGCACAGUAAGGAAUACAAGUGGAGCGGGCAGCGGUAGAUUGUGCGAAGUGCGGCGAGCAUAUAAGGCAGCCGUGGUGCCGUGCAAGACGGGCCGCCGAAGGGCCCGUGGUAUGAGCAUGGGCCAGAAAGUUUCUGGAGGAGUUAAGUCAGUUAGCCGAGAUGCGGCCGCACCGUACAAACCCGUUAUACCACGGGAACUCGCUCAGCGGCCAGCACGGCUCGACAUGUUACUGGACAUGCCACCAGCACUCAGGGAAACACAGUUAAAAUACAGUUGGAAUGCGGAUGAUCGAUCGUUAAACAUUUUCGUGAAAGAAGACGACAAGUUAACCUUCCAUAGACACCCAGUUGCACAAAGUACAGAUUGUAUUAGAGGUAAAAUAGGAUUUACAAAAGGGCUACAUGCGUGGGAAGUAUCUUGGUCGACAAGGCAACGAGGAACGCACGCCGUCGUAGGUGUCGCAACUUCCGAAGCACCCCUUCACUCUGUAGGUUACCAAAGUUUAGUUGGCAGCACCGACAGCUCGUGGGGAUGGGAUUUAGGUCGAAACAAAUUGUACCACGACUCGAAGAAUUACGCCGGAGUUACAUAUCCAGCCCUUCUCAAACCGGACGAAACCUUUAUAGUACCCGACAAGUUUGUGGUAGUCUUAGAUAUGGACGAAGGGACGUUAAGUUUUAUGGUCGAUGGUCAGUAUUUAGGAGUUGCAUUCCGUGGACUUAAGGGUCGCAAACUGUAUCCAAUAGUCAGUGCAGUUUGGGGUCACUGCGAAAUUACUAUGAAAUAUAUCGGUGGCCUUGAUCCCGAACCUCUUCCGUUAACCGACCUGUGUAGGCGCAUCAUCCGACAGCGUAUAGGAAAAGCGAAUAUAGAAGAGAGAGUUUCCAGUUUGAAUCUUCCACAACCUUUGCAGACUUAUCUUUUGUAUAGAGAUCGUAGAUAAUACAAUACGGAACAUUCUGUGCAGUGAUUAGUGACGCAUAAACGACUUUUAAUUAAUAUUUGCUGUCUAGUAGAAAAAUUACCAAAUAUAAAGAAAGUGUGUGUUCUUAAACGGACGGAUUUGUGAACUAAUUUCCUUUACCGAUAAUUGAAAACUUUCAAUUCUUCUGUAUUAAAAUUUUCAAAGUCUUCUACGGGUGGCUUUUGUCAUGUUCGAAUCGACGAUGAUUCCGAUUUGGUAAUGUGAUAUAAGGUUUGACUACCUUGAUCUCCAAAAAAGGCAGAAGUGAGAAUACCGCGGCGGUCGCACAGGUAGAGAUAAUUGCUGCCAUUUAGACAAUGCCAUAAGCUGUAAAUAAUUGUAACUCAGUCUUCUAACCACAUAUUCUCGUAGCACAGCUUCCUGAAUUAUAGCUUUACAGGUAGUUCAAGGUCGUGGAUAUGUGUAUUUCGUGCCACUGUCAUUCCUUACGCUUGGGCGCUCCAAGAGCGUCUUUAUUUUAGUUAACGACGAACUCUUCAUUUAGUUUAAGUAUUAGGACAGUGCAUCAAAUACACGUAACGCGGAUUGUUUUACAAAUAGAAUAAUGUAAGUGCUCAGGCGUUACACCAAUGUAACUACAUGUAUGUUUUAAGAAUAUUAGACUUAUUUUUGUAAAUAUUUAGUUAAGUGCCAGUUACGGAUAAUGGAAUUUCGUUUUUAUUAUCGAACGUCUACAAAGGAACCUUGAAUCAUAAGUUUUGCGUUAUACAUCCGAAUUGUGCAUGUUUGUGUUGUGGUGGUCCUGUCUUAGUUUGUAAGUACUUUUUUUAAUUUGUUUCGUUAUUAACAACUCUUAUCCAAGAAAACAAGUUUUAUGGCUUUGGCCAGUUUUUUUUUUGCUCCAUUUGACGCUGUUAUACUUUGUUAACGGAUUUUAUCUCGCCAAAAUUACUUUUUGUUCAAGUUUUAUUGUAAUUUUGUAUGUGUAGCGAAAUGUGAACGUGAAUCUUCACUUUGUAGAUAAUGGGCUGAGAGACUAAGUCUCAUAGGUUAAUAAACGGCAAUUUCGUAGUCUGCCUGGAUACCUUAGUAAAGAUUUAAAUUACCUUUUCAUUUCAAUUCCAUCGUAAGUUGUCCAGGCAUAUGUUAAGUUACUUGAUGUAUCAUUAUAAUAUAAAAUAAAGCUCGAAAACAUA